AUGUCCCUCCUCGCGAACAUCGUCGGCUUCUCCCUCGUCGGGAUCGCCGCGCGCAUGGGCCAGCUGGGCAUCCAGAAACGCCCCAUCCUCGAAAACCCCAUCGGCCACGCGAUCGCCGCGGGCACCUUCGGCUUCGCCGGCUACUGGGCCUACCAGUGGGACAGGCGCGCCGCCGUCCUCCUCGCAGAGAAGCGCGCCGAGAUCGCAGCGCGGCGGGCGAAGACCGACGCCCCCGCAUCAUGA